GAGUCUUCGGCGAAGUAUGAGUGCAGCUACUGCGGAAAGGGGUUCACCCGUCCUAGUAGCUUGAAGAUCCACCUGCACAGCCAUACAGGCGAGCGACCAUACGUAUGCACGUUCGAGGGCUGUGACAGGACCUUCAGCGUGCAAAGCAACAUGCGCCGUCACGCGCGCACGCACACU